GCUGGUACCUGGAAGCGCCACGUCCAGGUAUGUGGCCAGCCCCCCAUCUGAGAGGAUCUUACAAGGUAGUUGAAACCUCGCGGGGAAAAACACCUGCUGCCUCCCCCCCAGCGAUGACGACGCCGACGUGGAGCGAAGGAGCUCCAGGGAAACUCGGAGGAGGGCGACAACGACCAGCACCUGCAGGCCGCCUCCAGCAUGGCGCCCGACGACCCGGUGAUGGGCCCGAACGACCGGGCGACGAUGGUGCCGGGCUUCCGCGAGGUGCCCAAGACAGGUGUCAUCUACGUGAUGGACCAGGCGGCCCAGGCCGGCUACUCCGCCGCGACGGCCAGCGAAUGGGCGAACCUGGGGCAGGGGUCCCCGGAGACGACAUCGCCGACCAUGUGGCCCACGAACGUCCGCAAGCGGCUGACCGAGCUGGUGGAGAAGGGGAAAAUCAGUUCGGAGGCCGGGCCCUGGAGCCUGGACUCGCUGGAGAUCAACGAGGAGAACCUGCACUACGGCAGCGUCAACGGGGACCUCGCCCUGCGCAGGGCCGUCGCCAAGCUCUACAACGACAUGUACAGGCGCGGCAAGAGCUCGCAGUACACCGCCGAGAACGUUGCCAUCGUCGGCGGCGGGCGCCUUGCGCUCACGCGCCUGUGCUGCGCGAUGGGCGACACCAACCUGGGCCACUUCCUGCCGGACUACACUGCCUACGCCGAGCUGCUCGCCCAGUGGAAGGGCAUCAAUUCCAUACCCAUCCUGCUGGACCCCGAGAACAACUUCCGCAUCACGCUCCGCGAGCUCAAGCGGGAGAUCGUGGGCCGUGGCCUCUCGGUGCUGCUGAUGUCCAACCCGUGCAACCCCACGGGGCAGCUGGUCGAGGGCGAGGAGCUGAAGAGCUGGGUGAAGAUCUGCCGCGACACGCAGUGCACGCUGGUCCUGGACGAGAUCUACUCGCGCUACAUCUACACGCAGCGGAUGGCGCCCACGGACGCCCACUGGCGAAUGGUCUCCGCGGCGCAGUUCGUCGAGGACGUGAACUCCGAUCCCGUGGUGAUCCUGGACGGCUUGACAAAGUGCUGGCGGAUGCCAGGUCUGCGUGUCUGCUGGAUCGUGGCGCCACGCAGCGUCAUCAACUCAGUGGGCGCCGCGGGCUCGUUCCUGGACGGCGGCGCGUCGCUGCCCACGCAGCGGAGCUGCGUGCCGCUGCUAAGUCAGAAGGCUGUCAUCGAGCAGACGAUCAUGCUUCAGGCGCUCUUCAGCCACAAGCGGGACUUCGUGCUGCGGCGGCUGCAGCGCCUGGCGGCGCCCGUGGACUUCGGCCUGGGGGAGGGCCGCUUCGAGGCGGCCGGCGGCGGCGGCGUGCUCUGGCAGGGCUCGCCGCUGCCCCCCGCCGCGCUGCGGGCCUGCCUGGAGCGCAACGUCGCCUACCGCGUGGAGGCCGAUCUGCCCCUUGGCGGGGGCGACGCUGCUGGCGGCGGCCUGCGAGCGGCGGCCGCCACGCCGCUGUUCAACGCGGGCGUUGACGCGGGGGAGCAGGCGCGCCCGCCCGGGCCGGCCGCGGCGGCGUCGGUGGUGCCCAUCAAGGUGGCCGAGCCAGAGGAGCCCGCGGCGGAGACGACGCCUGCGCGGAUGAGCCCGCCGCCCGCGCCGGCGGCGGGCCUGGCGGACUGCGUGGGCCCCGUGCUGUGGAUCGACAGCAUGAAGAUGCACAUAUCGCAGGGCACGGCUGACACGAGGAACUUCUCCCGGCUCCUCGCUCGCGCCAGCCGCCCGAGGCCGUCGGAGCGGCCCGGCUUCUGGGCCGGCGGGCGCCCCUGGGCCGCUCUGGACGUCUUCCACGGCCUGGGCGUGUCCACGGACGAUCGGGGUGCCUCCGCCUGGGGGCGGCUCGCGUCGUGGCGUUCGAGGAAGCCGGAGCACGCGGACGCGAAGCGCUUCGCCUCGCUGCUGCCCUCGCCGUCGGUGCUGUCCGCGCCGGCCGACGACCGGCGGGCCUGCGUGCUGCUGUGCGACGCGGUGGGGCCCGCGGCCUGCGGGAGGCGGCCGGAGCUGUUCCGGCUGCUGGCCGAGGAGCCAUCCGCGAAGGGGCCCUUCGACGCCGCCAUCCUGGACCCUCCCAAGAGCAGCGCCGUGAUGGAGGUGGUCUACGGCCGGCGCUUCCUGGCGCGGCUGGCGGAGCACCUCCUUCCCAACGCGGUGGUGUCCUGCUACGCGCCCGACUGGCCCCCGUGGAACCCAGAGGAGGGCAGCCGCCGCAAGGUCAUGAAGGCCGCGGCGCUGGCCGCGGCGGCACGGAAGCCGCUGCCAGAGGUGGGGGCGCAGGUGUCGCGGGGCGGGCGCGUCGUGCGCCGGCCGUGCCAGAGCUGGAUGCGGCACUUCCUCCCGGGCA